UUUCCUUCUGUUGUGAAAGAAAGAGAGAAAGAAAGUUAAAACAAUUUUUGGUUGCUAAUGAAUGACACAGCAGGAUGAGCUCCAUCAUACUCCACGGAGAUUGCUGAAGGGGAAGCACGAUUCUUGCUUUAAUCUGACCCUAAUUAAUCUCUUUUUCAUUUGCACCCAAUCAAUCCUCUUAAUCCAUCCUUUUUCUUCUUUAUUCGAUUCAAAUCUCCCUUAAUUUCGCUCUUACUCUUCAUCAUUGAUGAACUACUUCAAAUCUCUGCGUUGAUCGUGAUUCUUUUGCACUCUUCUGCUUUUUCGAGUUCAAAAAGCCGUAAAUAAAGGCGUUGAAAUCUUCCUCCUCGAUUCUAGGAUUCAUCUGCCUCUGUUUGGUUGCGGUGGACUUCAUUUAUGGCGACUGAUGCUGAUUUUUCAUCGCUAGUUCAGAGGACUGAGAUGUCGGAUGGAUGGUUCCCUUUGUCAACAUUGUGUUCUUGUUUCUUGUCUGAAUCCCUUUUGCAGGUAUUGAACUGUUGUUGUAUGAUCAUGUUGUAGCUCUGGUUGGACGGAUGGUUGUUAAAAUGUUGAGUUUGCUGCUUCUUGCUUUUCUGUUUAAUACUUCACAUGGAUUGAAUUCAGAAGGGUAUUUUCUCUUGGAGCUGAAAAAUGGUCUUUCUGAUCCGUAUCGUUCGUUGAGAAAUUGGGAUCCGAGCGAUGGAACACCGUGCCAAUGGACCGGUGUGAACUGUACUUCUGGUGUGGAACCAGUGGUCUAUUCUCUUGACUUGAGCUCGAAGAAUCUUUCGGGUCCUUUGAGCUCGAGUGUUGGUGAAUUAAUCCAUCUAACUUAUCUUGAUCUUUCCUUCAAUGGAUUCACGGGAAGUAUACCGAAAGAGAUCGGGAAUUGUAUGAGGUUGGAGUAUCUUUUUCUGCAAAACAAUAAGUUUGAUGGGGAACUUCCAUCUGAAUUGGGGAAGUUGACUUCAUUGGUUAAGUUGAAUAUAUGUAAUAAUAGAAUCCAUGGUUCUUUUCCUGAGGAGAUUGGGAAUCUAGAAUCCUUGUUUGAAUUAGUUGCAUAUACGAACAACAUAACGGGGCCAUUGCCUCAUUCGUUUGGGAAUCUCAAGAACUUGAGGAUGUUUCGAGCAGGACAAAAUGCGAUUUCGGGAAGCUUACCAGCUGAAAUAGGUCAGUGUAAGAACUUGGAAACGCUUGGCCUUGCUCAAAAUCAGCUAGAAGGGGAAUUACCAAAGGAGAUUGGUAUGCUUAGAAACUUGACUGAAUUGAUUCUUUGGGGGAAUCAGUUUUCUGGCGUUCUACCAAAAGAGCUCGGUAAUUGUACGAGUCUAACGGUUUUUGCUCUGUAUCAGAACAAUGUUGGUGGAUCCAUACCUAAGGAAUUUGGGAACUUAAGCUCUUUGAAGAAGUUGUAUAUAUACCGGACUGCGUUGAACGGAACCAUUCCGAGGGAGCUUGGGAACCUUUCUCAGGCAUUGGAGAUCGACUUCUCAGAGAACUAUUUGAGUGGUGAGAUACCUAAAGAGUUUAGUAACAUAAAAGGUCUCCGAUUACUGUAUCUUUUUCAAAAUCAGCUGACUGGUGUUAUACCAAAUGAACUUAGUAGCCUGAGUAAUUUGACUAAACUUGAUCUUUCAAUCAACAACCUCAAGGGUCCUGUUCCGUUUGGGUUUCAGUAUAUGCCUGCAUUGAGUCAAUUGCAGCUUUUCGAAAACAGUUUGAGUGGUACCAUUCCUCAAGGACUUGGACGUUAUAGCCCGCUGUGGGUGGUCGACUUUUCGGACAACCUCUUGACAGGACGAAUACCUCCCCAUCUAUGUCGUCGUUCUAACCUGAUCAUCUUGAACUUGGUGUCAAAUAACCUUUAUGGAAAUAUACCUACCGGGAUCUUGAAGUGCGAAUCGUUGUUGCAAAUUCGUCUCAUCGGAAACAGGUUUAGUGGCAGCUUUCCAUCAGAGUUGUGUAACUUGAUGAAUCUUACUGGCAUUGAAUUGGACCAGAAUAGAUUCAGUGGUCCGCUUCCUCCAGAAAUUAAGAAUUGCCAAACGUUGCAAAGGCUGCAUAUUUCAAACAACUACUUUACAUCUAAUUUUCCUAAGGAGAUAGGGAAGCUUGUGCAGUUGGUGUCGUUCAAUGCUUCAUCGAAUCGUUUUACUGGGUCGAUUCCACCAGAAAUCGCCCACUGCAAGACUCUCCAACGGCUCGAUCUCAGCCACAACAGGUUUGAAAAUACGUUACCGAAUGGGAUUGGAUCUCUUUUAGAGCUGGAAAUUCUCAGAGUUUCAGAAAAUAAGUUAUCAGGCAACAUACCUGCAGAAUUGAGAGACCUCUCCCGUUUGACAGAAUUGCAAAUGGGAGGUAAUUCAUUCUCUGGUAGCAUUCCUAUGGAGUUGGGGUCUCUAAAAAGCUUGCAGAUUGCUCUGAAUCUCAGUUUCAAUAUGUUAACUGGGACAAUACCAUCAGAACUUGGAAACCUGAGUCUACUGGAAUAUCUCCUGCUUAAUAACAAUCGCUUGACCGGUGAAAUACCGAGCUCGUUUUCCAGUCUUUCGAGUUUAAUGGGUUGCAACUUCUCCUACAACGACCUUCAUGGGCCAAUCCCGUCGAUACCCUUGCUUCAGAACAUGCUUGCUAGUAGCUUCAUUGGGAAUAAGGGGCUCUGUGGUGGACCUCUUGGUGACUGCAAUGGAGAUUUGUCGUCUCCAUCUGUUCCAUCUUCCGAGAGCGUAAAUGCUCCUCGAGGUAGAAUCAUUAUCGGGAUUGCUGCUUCCAUCGGUGGAGUUUCUAUUGUUCUAAUCAUGAUCAUCUUACAUUGCAUGAUACAUCGACCGGAUAUGGUGCAAAACAAGGAAAAACUAUCUCUGGAUUCGAACAUCUACUUCCCGCCUAAGGAAGGUUUUACUUUCCGAGAUCUAAUUAGAGCUACAAAUGGUUUUCAUGAGAGCUGUGUUGUAGGAAAAGGUGCUUGUGGAACUGUCUACAAGGCAGUGAUGCCUUCAGGACAGACCAUUGCCGUUAAGAAGUCGAUGUCGAACAGGGAAGGGAGCACCAUGGAGAAUAGUUUCUGGGCUGAGAUUUCGACUCUGGGAAAGAUCAGACAUCGCAACAUCGUUAAACUAUAUGGCUAUUGCUAUCAUCAAGGUUCCAAUCUUCUUCUUUAUGAGUACAUGGAAAGGGGUAGUUUGGGCGAGUUGCUUCACGGGACUGCAUCUAACUUGGAAUGGCCGACUCGGUUUACAAUUGCCGUGGGAGCUGCCGAGGGACUUGCUUACCUACAUCAUGACUGCAAACCAAGGAUCAUACAUCGUGAUAUCAAAUCGAAUAACAUUCUUCUCGAUCGUAACUUUGAAGCCCAUGUUGGUGAUUUCGGUUUGGCGAAAGUGAUGGACAUGCCUCAUUCUAAAUCAAUGUCAGCCGUUGCUGGAUCGUACGGUUACAUCGCUCCUGAGUAUGCAUACACCAUGAAAGUCACAGAAAAAUGUGACAUAUACAGCUAUGGGGUAGUUUUACUAGAACUGCUAACUGGAAAAACUCCGGUACAGCCAGUAGAUCAGGGAGGCGAUCUCGUCACAUGGGUCAAAAUCUAUCUACGAAACCAUUCGAUGUCGUCUGGAAUACUAGACGAGCGGCUGAAUCUUCAAGACCAAUCCACGGUAGAUCACAUGCUGACAGUCCUAAAAAUUGCUUUGAUGUGCACAAGUCUAUCUCCUUAUCAACGACCAUCGAUGCGGGAAGUCGUAUUGAUGCUUUUAGAAUCUACCGAGCCCGACGAAGAUCAUAUUCCAGCUUUAACUGAUAAUCUAGCUCCUAAGGACGAUGCUGUCUCGUGAAAUUUCAGGUGGGCAGUUUUCGUUUUCGGAUAACUGAAUAGUUCUUCAAUUUUUUUAACAUAACAAUGGUCAUAUGUAUAUUUCCUCCCUGGUAGAGUAUAUAUAUACAAAUAUAUAGCAUGUAGAGUCUCUUCGGAGUUCAUAGUAAAUAGGGUAAUGGUUAUGUGCCCAACUAUUUCUUAGAUUUUGCAUUUGUUUUAGGAUUCAAUAAAGGCUCUUCGUAUAGCUUGCAUACGGUUGACAUAA